AUGCGUUUUCUCUGCAUAUUUGCCUUUGGAGUGAUAGCCAGUGCUCCUUGUGCUGCAGCCCCUUCAGGAGAUUAUGUUUCUGGGCUGCAUUCUGUUUUCAGUGGGUCUACCAGGAACAAACUGCUACUCAUCUCUUUCGAUGGGUUCCGCUGGGAUUAUGACCAAGAUGUGGACACCCCCAAUCUGGAUAAAAUUGCCAAGGAUGGAGUGAAGGCCAAGUAUGUCACCCCGCCAUUCCUCACUAUCACCAGCCCCACGCACUUCACCCUGCUCACAGGGCGUUAUGUGGAGAAUCAUGGAGUGAUUCACAACAUGUGGUUCAACACGUCCACCCAGGAGAAGAAGCAGUACUACAUGACCCAGUUUGUUGAUUCCUACUGGGACAAUGGCAGCUUGCCCAUCUGGAUAACAGCACAGAGACAGGGUCUAAAAGCAGGCUCUCUACAUUUUCCUGGCACAGCUGCUACCUACAAAGGAGAGAUAGUGAAAGUGAGGAAGGUGGAACCUCGUUUCUAUGACUAUUCAAACGAGACAGAAUGGAGGCGUAACAUCGACAAGGUUAUCGGAGAGUGGUUCCACCAACAGGACCUGGACUUUGUCUCCUUGUAUUUUGGGGAACCAGAUAUGGUUGGCCACAAAUAUGGACCUGAUUCCCCAGAACGCCGGGAGAUGGUCCAGCAAGUGGAUCGUACUGUGGGGUACAUCCGAGAUGAGAUCUAUUACCAUGGUCUGGCUGACCGACUCAACAUCAUCAUCACUGCUGACCACGGGAUGACUAAUGUCUUUCGGGGAGGACAAGUUCAGGAGAUCAUCUUGUCUCAGAUCCCAGGUUUUAGCUUCAGGGAUAUCAAAUUUCAUCUUGUGGAUUAUGGCCCUGCUGGAAUGCUGCUUCCGAAAGAAGGGAUGCUGGAGAAAGUCUAUCAAGCUCUGAAGGGAGGACACCCUCGCCUUCACGUGUACAAAAAGGAGGACAUGCCAGAGAGACUACACUACAGUAAUCACCCACGACUUCUUCCCAUCAUCCUCUUUGCUGAUCCUGGAUAUGUCAUCAAUGGGUUGUUUCCUGUCCAGUUUCACAAAGGAGAGCACGGCUUUGACAAUGAAGGGUUAGACAUGAAGCCCUUCUUCAGGGCAGUUGGGCCUGACUUCAAGAAAAAUGUGGUCGUUGAACCCUUUGAGACGGUCAAUGUUUACACACUGAUGUGCUAUCUACUUGGCAUAGAGCCAGAGGUCAAUGAUGGGCACCUAGACAACACUAAACAUCUGCUGAUGCCAAAGAAAAACACAGGAGGAGACAAUGACGGUCAGAAACAGGAUACUUUGUCACCGCUUGUGAUUGGUUUAUCAACAGUGACUGGGUUUCUGGCACUGGUGUUUAUAGCAGUGACUUCCCAUACUUUCUGGAAAAGGAGGCCAGCAGAAGAGAGUUUUGAACAGAAGUACAGUGCUGAUGAGAACACCACACACGACAAGCAAACCAGUUUUUGA